UUAACGCAAGGCUAUGGUUAUGGGUUUAGCAUAGGCGUUGGAUUCGGGUUUGCGAUUGUGAUGGUUUUCAUCUCUAAAUUGUUAUCCAAAUAUAUGAGCCAAGUUCACAAUUCAGAGAGGUUUUCUACUGCUUCUCGAAGUGUCGGUUCCCGCCUUAUUGCUUCUUCAACAGUUUCUGCUUGGACGUGGCCAGCCACCUUGCUUCUGGCGGGUAAUUGGCCCUACAUCCAUGGCAUUAGCGGUGCAUGGCUAUAUGCAGUGGACGGUACUGUCCAAAUAACGUUGUUUGCUUUUUUAGCACUGCAGCUAAAGCGCCGUGCACCGAAAGCUCAGUCCGUCUAUGAACUUAUCAAUAUUCGGUUCGGUAAAGCUUGGCAUCUUCUUUAACUUAGCUACUGCGUGGCUAUCAAUGCGAUGGUUUCUUCACUGCUGCUGCUCGGCGGUUCCCAGGCUUUCGCGGCCAGCACAGGAAUGCACACGGUCGCUGCUAUUUUCCUGCUACCACCAACGGUUGUGGUUUACACCGCCCUUGGAGGGUUGAAGGCCACUCUCAUAUCAGCCUGGAUUCACACUGUGAUAAUAUAUGUGAUCCUGCUUGUCACCUCUUAUAUCGUUUUCUGCAGCUCCGCGUUGAUAGGUUCGGCAGGUAAGAUGUGGGAAAUUCUUAAAGAGGUACAGGAGGUUUUCUCUAAUGCGUCGAAUACCAGCUAUCUAUCGUUUAAAGAUAAAAACAUGAUCUUGUUGACGUGGUCCGUAAUGUUGGGAGGGCUCUCAUCAGUGUUUGGGGACCUAGGAUACUCGCAAAGAGCAAUUGCUUCUGAUUCGAGAAGCGUUUUUAUGGGCUACAUGGUCGGUGGGAUUUGUUGCAAGAUUAUCCCAUUCGCGCUUGGGUCAUCGGCUGGGCUCGCAUGUGGGGCCCUACUGACGAAUCCAGUGUCGGUAACAUAUCCGACCCUACUUAGCGACCACGAAGAGGGUGCCAGCUUAUCAUUCAUUUACGGCUUGGCUGCGAUCUUCGGCAGGAAGGGUCAGCCGCGGGUCUGGUAAUGCUGGGGAUGUCUGUGACAUCUGCAACGUCAGCAGAACUAAUCGCAUUUUCGUCAAUUACCACUUACGACCUGUAUCGCACAUACAUCAAUCCUGGAGAGUCCGGCGCUAAGCUAAUGAGAGCGUGACACGUUAGCGUAGUGUGCUUCGGCCUGCGUAUGGCAGCGUUAGCCGUAGUGUUCAACGACAUUGGUGUAAAAUAACAGUGAGCUGGCUCUUGAGUUUUGUAGGCGUUAUCCUCAACCCAGAAGUUUUCGCGGUCACUUUGUCGCUCUUUUGGUCCAAGAGCACCCGUCUCUACUCAUUGAUCGGCGUUCCGCUGGGGACCGUCUCAGGCGUCGUUUGUUGGAUCGGAGCUACAUACCGGUAUGCUUGGGGCGCUAUCAACAGGGACCCAUUGAUGACUACGGAGGCCACGUUCAUUGGGAUUAUCGUGAGCCUGUUUUCAAGUGCGAUCUACAUCGUGGCGAUCUCCGUGAUCCGACCCAGUGGUUCUUACGAUCUACACCAGCUGAACUGGCAAGUGCAUCCCGCAGACGGCAUCGGUCCUGACGAGCAGAAUGCACUUUACCUGAAAAAAAAUGACGAAAAUCGUUUACACCGCCAAACCUGGCUAAGCUUGUGGAUGAACCUAUUUUUGUUGAUUGGAGUGUAA